AGUAAUGGGAGACUGGAGCUCACUUGGGAAGCUUUUGGAAAGUGCCCAGGAACACUCCACAGUAGUUGGGAAAGUCUGGCUCAGCGUACUCUUCAUCUUCCGUAUCCUGGUGCUCGGUGCGGCCGCAGAGAAGGUCUGGGGCGAUGAGCUGUCUGGCUUUACCUGCGACACCAAGCAGCCUGGCUGUCAGAACGUAUGUUACGACAAAACCUUCCCAAUCUCUCACAUUCGAUUCUGGGUGAUGCAGAUCAUCUUUGUUUCCACGCCAACGCUGAUCUACCUGGGCCACAUCCUGCACCUGGUGCGCAUGGAACAAAAACAGAAAAAUAAUGAUGCGAGCGCGGCAGACAGACAUGGCCUUCUGAGCACCAAUUCAGCGAAAGGUCCCAUCCGAGACGAGCAGGGCAAGAUUCGUCUGCAGGGGGUUUUGCUACGCACCUACGUCUUCAACAUCAUCUUCAAAGCACUGUUCGAGGUGGGCUUCAUCGUGGCACAGUACUUCCUGUACGGAUUCGAACUGAAGCCCCUGUACACCUGCAGCAGGUGGCCCUGCCCGAACACGGUCAACUGCUACAUCUCACGACCCACGGAGAAAACCAUCUUCAUCAUCUUCAUGCUGGCCGUGGCCUGUGUGUCAUUACUUCUCAAUCUGGUGGAGAUGUAUCACCUUGGCUUUACCAAGUGCAGGCAAGGAUUCCGUUACCGGCGCUCUCACUCCGUCUGCGACACCGAGUCUAAAACGCCCAGUGUGGACGCGGUGGUUCCAUUCGUGGCCAGCUACCCUUAUUUCCCCCCUCACGCCCCUCCACCAGCACCUUUUCCUGCCGAGCCCCAUUUUAACCUCUCAGAGCCAGACGGGACCUUCCCGCCUCACGGCAGUCGCUCCGUCUAUAAGCAGAACAGAGAGAACAUGGCUGUGGAGCGCAGCGGAAAACCCGACGCAGUAGAAGUCAAGUCCGGCAAAAUCUCCAACUCUGUGCCAGGAUCACCUGCCAGCCAACAUCGCAGGCCCAGUCAUUCAAGUCGCUAUAGCAACAACAAGAGGCUGGAUGACCUCAAAAUCUAAUCACAGACGAAACUCUGAUUCAGGGUUAUCUCAUUCUGAAGGCAAAGGAGAUGUACUCCAUCGCUCACGGGCGGUUUUAGCACUGAUCGGGUGAUGAGGGCCAUGAGUGAAAAAUCAGGGAUGUUCAGACAGAAUGUGAAUGUCAAUUGGUUUGUUGGUUUACUUGAAUUAGCAGGCCUACUUGAUGCAGUUUUGUGGGAACAUUGUGUCAAAAAGAUUGAACCGAUUGAUCGGACUGGACCGUUGGGUGAAUUAGGGUAAUCCGGGACGCCUAAAGUCUAGUGUGUUUAUUUCCUGAUCUAUCAAAUUUUAGUCAA